AUGUGGUCCAUUGUCCGUCUUUAUUUCACACUUGGCGUGAUAGCCACUGCGCUGCCUGCUGUAUCUGGACACGCUUUCAGUAAACCAACAAAAUUACGUACUGUUGUCACAACCGACAUGGAACAGGACGAUCUCGCCUCGCUCAUCAGAUACCUACUUUACACAAAUGACAUCGAUACGGAAGGCAUCAUAUAUAGCUCUAGCGUAUGGCACUGGGCCGGCAAUGGCAAUGGCACGUCGCUGCGCUGGACUGGAACCCGGACCAUUGAGGAUAUUGUCCUUAAGGCUUACGCAGAGGUUUAUCCGAACCUUCGUCGCCAUGAUUCAUCCUACCCAACCCCAAAGAAGCUGCUGUCCACGGUCAGGAUUGGCAACAUCGACUUUGAGGGUGAGAUGAAUAAAGACACCGCUGGCUCUGACCUCAUCAAAGAGCUCUUGCUGGACGAUGAUCCACGAAAUCUUUACUUGCAGGCCUGGGGUGGCACCAAUACUAUCGCCCGUGCCCUCAAGUCAAUCGAGGAUCGAUAUUCCAAAUCAAGCAACUGGGCACGAAUCAAAGAUGGAAUCUCCCGCAAGGCUGUCAUAAUGGCCAGUGGCUUCCAGGAUGAUACCUACUCCGAUUAUGUCGCCCCGCACUGGCCCCAGAUUCGCGUUGAGGACCUUUCAGCUGGCUACGCCCUCUGGGCAUAUAAUUGCGACGAAGGCAAAGGUAACAUUCGCGGGCUACCCAACGAUAACUUGUAUUUCGCUGGUAAAUGGAUCAGGCCAAACAUCGAAAUGGGACCGUACGGAAAGCUCUAUCGCUCCUGGCUCGAUGGUCAGUCCAUGCCAGGUGACCCAGAGGAUAUUUUCGGCAAUAAAACAAAAGCAGCGGCUAGCUGGUGCAAACCACUUGAGCCGUACGACUUUCUUUCCGAGGGCGAUAAUGUGGCUUUCAACCCCCUCUUGACCACCGGCCUUCAGGACCCAGCUAAUCCAAACCUUGGUGGUUGGGGUGGUAGAGCAAAACAAAACUCUUCUUCUCCGGAUCUAUGGGUGAUGGUUCAAAGUGAGGUCGGCAAAAAUGGUAGCGAAGUAGAUUUAUACACUAUGAGCCGUUGGAUAGCACCGAUUCAGAAUGACUUUGCGGCCCGCAUGCAAUGGACAGUGACACCGAAGUACCGCGACGGAAACCAUGCGCCCACUGUGAAGAUUUUGAAUGAUAGCAUAGUGAAGGGACUUCCUGGUGCCACGGUCACUCUGACUGGUGCGGUUUACGAUCCAGAUAAUAACAACGUCAAAACUUCCUGGUGGCAGUAUUUGGAGGAAGGCACCUACCCCGGCACCGUGUCUGUGGCUUCAAAGGGAAAAACUCAAGCGAGUGUGAAGAUCCCAGCUAAUGCAAAACACGGACAGACUAUUUCGAUUAUCCUAGAGGGAAUCGACGAUGGACAGUUUCCUUUGACUCGCUAUGACCGUGUUGUUAUUCAGGUCAUUUAA